CAGAAGUCCAGCCUUGUUGGUUGUCUUGGCGUUGUGAAUUCUCGCGACAAUAUUAGAACGAAAAAAUCGGGGGAAAUAAAAUCGAAAGUUUAAUAUGUACGCACACUUGAGUGCGCGGUCUAGUAAAUUACAUUCUGUUUAGUUAACAAGGUCAGAAGUGAUAGUCGCAUGAAGUUAGCUUACCUUAAAUGACUGGUUUAAGAAUUUAGGACCGGUAUUUCUUGUGUCCGAGGGAAGAGAAGAGUUUUUAUCUUCUGAGGAUGCUCUCCUAAUGAAAUACACUGAUAUUCACAUUUACCUCAGAACUCAGCAAAUGUAAGGACAGACAUCAGAGGAAGAUUUGUAUCCUCAAGCAAAAGGUUUUCCAAUAACGCCGAAGUGCGGUUCUGUUUCUGUGGAAUUUUCCCAGUCUCACCAGAACAACUAUAGACCUGGAUAAUACUUUUACUAAAACAAAAAUAAUACUAAUAUUCUGAAGGAUCAAUACACUGUGGCUCAUCCGGUUUUGGGGCAGGACACUGGACAAACGCAGGUGGUCAAAUUUCAUUCUGCAGAAGCAUUUUAGUGCACCAGUACUACAGGAAGAUUGGAUGGAAGAAAUCUCACACUUUAAAUUGAGCUUCAGUGCUUUGUGUCAUCAUCAGACCUCGUCAUAAUUUUCAUUUUUAGUUGUUCAAGCAGAUAACUGUGAUUUCUCAAAACCCUUAACAAACUGAUAUUUGCAGUUGUUUAUUUGCCAGCUUGCAUGCUUAAGAAACCCUUUUUGCUGUUAGGUGGAGGGAACUUGAAGUGGAAAAGAACAAGCAUGUGAUGCAAUGCAAACAAGCACCUCAAAGAGUCUCCUGUGUUUUGGAGAAUUCCCUACACCUCAAGUGAUAACAGACACCCGCACAGAAGAGGGGAUGAGUGAAAAAAUCAGUCUUGUUAUUAACCAAAAUAAUAUAUCACUUUAAAAACACGUAUUGUUCUACGACUAAUACUGUUGUUUUCUGGUCAUAGUAUUAUUGCGUAGAAGGUGGCCAGGAGCCUCCUUGUGAUCUCGCAUUCAGUGACCCCAUCGUCAGUUUUCCCUGCCACACCUUUCUGUUGCAGCUGCCACUUUUCCUUUCCAUUUUCAGAUCUUCCUACCACUAGUCCCUUUGCACCUUGUCCUUUCUGUAUGCUCCACACUCUUCUUGGUCUCCUUGUCUCAUCCAUAAAUUCAUCAAUUAUCCUUCUCUCCACUGGCCUCAUACUUCCGUAGACAUUUGUGGUGUGUCUUUACUUUGCGUACACAAACGCACAACCCCACACCCGUUUUUACAUUUUAGCAAGUGUUUCUCAGACUUAACCAUUCACGCUGGCGGGCAGCAUUCCCCCUAAAAGAGAGGAGGACUAUUUAACGCUUGCCGCCUCCCGGCUCAGCCGCCGCAAGCGUGUCAUAGGAGCGGCCGUGGGUGUGGCCAUGGUUCUGAUUCUCCUGGUCGCCAUCCCUUUACUGGUCCACAGCACAAAAGGAGGAGGAGCCGGAAAUACGGGAAGCCAUUACGAAAUGCUAGGAAGUUGCCGGAUGGUUUGUGACCCCUACACCACUUCUCAUGGCCAGGAGCUAACAGCGGUUUCACCACCAACUCCUGAUUUCCCAAACCGGAGGGGAAAAUCUGGUUAUCGGGGACCUCCAGGGAUCCCAGGACCACCUGGUCCUCGAGGACCACCAGGAGAGCCUGGAAAGCCAGGUCCACAAGGACCGCCAGGUCCGGGCCCUGGUGGUUACGUACCAUCAUUCUACAGCCCUAAGAUUGCCUUUUAUGCAGGCUUGCGCAAGCAACACGAAGGCACUGAUGUGCUCAAGUUUGAUGAUGUGGUGACCAAUGUUGGCAACUACUAUGAGCCCAGCACUGGCAAGUUCACAUGCCCUCUACCUGGUAUCUACUUCUUCACAUACCAUGUCUUAAUGAGAGGAGGAGAUGGGACAAGCAUGUGGGCAGACCUCAAGAAGAAUGGACAGGUGAGGGCCAGCGCCAUCGCCCAGGAUGCUGAUCAGAAUUAUGAUUAUGCAUCCAACAGUGUGAUCCUGCAUUUAGAUGUGGGAGACGAGGUGUGUGUGCAGCUGGACGGAGGGAAAGUCCAUGGAGGGAACACCAACAAAUACAGCACAUUCUCUGGCUUCCUCAUUUAUGCUGACUGACCUGCUCAGUUGCUACAUGAUGCUGCUCUACACAAACAUACAUUGAGAUGUACUGUGUAUAAACACACACACGCACACACGCACACUUACAAGUACAUAUGCACACUGAACAGGCUUGAAAGAAAUGGACAUGGUUUAAUACUGAGUAGAAGGGUUCCACAGACACGAUGCACCAAGACAACUAUUACCUUCAUAAAGCAAGUGGAUUUCUGAUACUCUGUUCGUAUAUGCGUAAAUUAUCUUCAACGUUAUACCCUUAUCCAAACUUAAAUUAAAAUGCAUAUAAAUAUAUGUCUGUAUCUAUCCUGGACAGUGACAAGCUCAUAUUUUCAUCAAUUACGUGUACUUGUUAAUGUAUUUGUUACAUAUUGUGUGCCAUUCACAAAAAAUAAAAAACAAAUAAAAAAAUAAUCACAAUGAAAUUGCAUUUACACAUGGCUGGGCUUGGGACAAAAUCAGUUUUUAAAUUUAUUUUUCAAAUAAAGACAGUCAAAUAGUGUAAUAGAUGUAGCUCAAUACAGCUACGUACUGUAUAUGUGUGCACACUGUGCAUGGCUAGUGAUUAAUCUCCUAAGUCCUCUUGUUCAGUUCAUUUGACUUGAAAGUGACUGUUUUGGCUGUCUGUGGAAUUGGAAGUAUGGCCUGUGCAUUUGGAUACACAGUAGUGUUAUCGAAUACACAAUGGCUUGCCACAACAGCCACAAAUGGAUUUUCAAUAGCACUAAAGCACAUGGCCCAGACCGAAACAUUAAUAUAUUGAUUUAGACUAAUAAGACUCUUCAAUUCAAACCAAUGCAACUACUCAAUAAUGUGAGACUACUGUUUAACACACCAAAUAUGUUUCAUCCACAAAAUUAAAUUGGACUUUUUAGUACUUUUUAAGUGGGAAAAUGUAAUACCCCACUUUGGAGAAGUUAUGGAGAAAUAUAUUAAAGCAUAUUUAUGCUGCAUACCCUUCAUUAGAGUGUAAACAAUCUCUCCCUUGGUUUGAAAUCAAAAUGUGAUUUUUUAAAAACGGAAAUAUGCAUUUAACAUCACAGUCUCAAAAUAACAUUCGCAUAUUGCACUUGUUGUAAUAUGCUAAUGUGUGUAUGUUAAUGUACCCAUUUAGUCAUUUACGAUAAUGUAAAUGCUCUAUUUAUUGAUUCUAAUUUCAGCAUAUUGCAGAAUAUCAUUAUAUACGUUGAUCAGUUUGCACUGUAAUAGAAAUAAGGUCAGUACUAUGGAAAUUGUAAGAAAUUAAUUGGCAUUUUCUUUUCAUUGAAAGAGAAUAUAUUUUAAGUGUAGCAUUGAUACAUCAAUCAUUGCAAUUUAAGAGAAGGAACAUGGAGGUCAAUAUACUGACCUAUCAAAUAUAAAAAUUUAUAAAUUAUUUCAACCUUAAAUAUCUAUAUUUUCCUCAAGCCCAGAAAGAGUAUCUAGAGUCUAUUUCUAUUUUUUAGAGAAAUGUGAAAAGGUCAAAGUGUAGAAAUAACACACCGGACAUAAUCUCAGAAUAGUGUGUGUAUACGUUUUAAAUACAGACUAAAUUUGAGUAAUAAUCUAAUAAUAAUUCCUUGAAAAUUACAGUAUCAAGGGGUUGUUGGCACAAGUAUAGCCAUGUGCAAAUACACCGAGAGACAGAUAACAUGUCAAACAUUAAA